CUGCAGGAUUGUGACGAUGGAGAAAAUUUCCCUGCUGCUGUUUUGUUGCCUGAUUGUGUUGUUAUCGGGAUCUCCACUCUAUCCAUCACUUCAGUUUGGACAGAGGGACACAACCAUCCUGAUGACAUCAUCCAUAGACACCCCAGCUGAACAGGCCCAAGAGUCCAGGUCGCGGACAGAGCGUGUGGAGUCACGUGCAGGACGCCACGCUGACGCCAUCUUUACCAACAGCUACAGGAAAGUGCUGGGCCAGAUCUCUGCCAGAAAGUUCCUUCAGACCAUCAUGGGCAAACGGACGGGUUUUGGGAAGCAGUGGUCAGACGUUUAUGAAGGAACAUACAAAGAGGACCAGAUGUCCACCCAGAGAAGACAGACCGAGAGCCACACGCAGACAAGUCAUGAGACCCCGGAUGAUCUGAUUGUAAUCCUGAAUAAGUGCAACUCGUCGCUCAACAAAAUCACUGACAGCAGCAACGUUAUCCAGAACCUGCUGUGA